UGAUCGUAUAAAAAGCUCCCAGCGUGGUGCUUCGAAAUCAUUCGAGUGGACAUCCUCUAGUCUAACGCAAUGGCAACUAAGUUCGUCGUAGUGCUCGCAGCUCUGGUGGCCGUGGCCCACAGCUCGGUGGUGCCAGUGGCGCGAGCAGAUGCCGACUACUCCAGCUUCGCGUACGAUGUCGCCGACCCCAACACCGGCGACUACAAGAGCCAGGUCGAGACCCGCGUCGGCGGCGCCGUCUCCGGCCAGUACUCGCUCCUCGACUCCGACGGCACGAAACGCACCGUUGACUACACCGCUGACGACAUCAAUGGAUUCAACGCUGUUGUGCGCAAGGACCCUGUAGUCGCCGCCGCGCCUGUAGUUGCUGCCGCACCUGUUGUCGCCGCCACUCCCGCUGUGGUAGAAGCGCGCGUCGCGGCCCCCGCUCCUGCCGUGGUCGCUGCGCGUUAUGCGGCUCCCGUGGUCGCUCACACUUACGCCGCCGCCCCCGUUGUCGCUGCCCGCGCUUACGCUCCAUCGGUCUACGCCGCCGCCCCCUCCGUAUACGCCGCGGCCCCCUCGGUCUACGCCGCCCGUUCCAUUGCCGCCCCCUACUAUGCCGCUUCUCCCAUCAGUUACUCGGCUUACGGCAGCCCCGUCUCUUACUGGUAAAUCCUCAGAGAUUUAGCAGCUUAGGUCAGUUAGAAAUAAGCCGCAAAGUGUUCUGUUUAAGCAGGUGUAUAUAUUUUGUUACAAAACUGUCGAUACCAUGGUAUGAAAAUAAACCAUUUUAAAUAUUAUACAA